UAUUUUUUUUCGGUUCAAUAUUUCUUUUACUGUCCAACCCUCCUUACCAAAUAAGCAAUAAUUGAACCAUUAUGUUGCGAAGAUGAAGACCACAUUUGUUUUUUUGAUCACUUCAAUCCCAUCAAGACCAGUAUUUUUCAGUUGUUUCAUUUUAGUCUUGUUUGGAAUUUGGUUCAAGAUGGUGAAGAAUAUAUAACAGAAAAUUCUACUUUCCAGGCAGGGAGAAGUGCUUCAGUUUAUUCACAGAUUAUUUAUCUAGGAGGUUGAGGCAGUUUUGAACAAAGGAUAGUAAGAUACAAGAGCCUCAUGGAUGUCCACAGCCAGAUUGCACUUAGCUAAAAUGAAGAAGACACAGGCUUCACAUGAGUCCAUAAAUGAACAACCAAAGAAUGCCGAAGAGACUCCUGUGCCAGAUUCAGGUUCAGUUUCAGCAUCAACCAUUGAUAACAGAAAAGUUUCGCGAGAGGAUAUUGAACUUGUCCAGAAUUUGAUCGAACGAUGCCUACUGUUAUACAUGAAUAGAGAUGAGGUGGUAAAGACCUUACUGAAUAGUGCCAGGAUAGAUGCCGGGUUCACAACAUUAGUUUGGCAGAAAUUAGAAGAAGAAAAUGCUGUCUUUUUCCGGGGCUACUACAUAAGGCUUAAAUUGAAGAAACAAAUUCUCUUAUUCAAUCACUUGCUUGAGCAUCAGUAUCAUCUAAUGAAGUAUCCAAUGCCUACAAGGGUUCCUUUGGCUCCUAUGCAGAAUGGAAUUCAUCCAAUGCCAGUCAACAACUUACCUAUGGGAUAUCCCAUUUUGCACCAGCCUCCAGUUCCAGCUACAGGGCAAUCUCUUCUUGAUUAUAUGGGUUAUUCCACAAAUAUCUGUCACGUAGUAAAUGGAGUUCCUGCUCCUGGCACAGGCAAUUUUCAUCCAAUGCGGAUGAAUUCUGGAAAUGAUAUGGUGAUUGACACAAACGGAACUGAUGCUCCUGCUAUGACAACAAACAAUGCAAUGCUAUCCAUAUCAGAUAUGCCGGUAAGCCCAACAUCAGUGGCUUCGAGUGGCCAUUUCCCAUUCAUUGCUUCGGAGAUAUCGAGCAUGGGAAUAGAAACAUCAGCAUUUGAUAUGGCAUUUACGUCUGAUGUAGCUAGUUCAGUAGGACUGCAGCUUCCUGCAGAUAAUGGAAAUGAGAAUUCUAGAGAUUCGCUCAGUUCAUGGGCUCAAAUAUCUUGGAAUUUCAGCCUUUCGGACCUAACAGCAGACCUAUCAAGCUUGGGAGAACUAGGAGCUCUUGGAAACUCUUCUGGUUCUCCCUUUUUGCAUUCAGAUUCAGAUAUUCUUCUUGAUUCUCCAGACCGAAAGGAUAUAGUGGAGGAGUUCUUCAUUGAUUCUGUUCCUGGGCAGUCAUCUCCGCCAUUGGAUGAAGAGAAGUCCCAGCUUAAGGGGAGAGAUACUUUCACCUCCAUGAAAUCUGACAAUAAUCUCUAUUAGGCAUGUCAAGCCUACACACAGGCAAAGUUAGGUUUAAAGCUUUCAUCUGGUAUAGAGAUCUGUCUUAAUAGAGCAGUCCUGUUAUUUAGUUUUCAUAUUUUGUAAUCCUAAUUUCUGCAAUGAAUGCUGAUCAUGAUAUCGUGUUUUUUACCAUUACAAUGAUUUGCACAUUAAUGGCGUUCAUUUAUGUAAGGAUUCACAUAACCGACCUAAAUUUGUUGAGAAUAAUGCUCAGUUUUGUCAUCGUAAUAUGAAGCUCACCCUCAUUAGUAAUUACAAUA